UCCUUUCUCGGCUGUGCCGUGGGCCGUGCGGGGAGGGUUUGGUGGCUCGUGAGUGCCGGUGUUGGGCUGGAAAUAGUGAAUAAUCCCCCUGCUGUCACUCCCCCGCUGCACUCUGGCAUCGCCGAGAUGUAGGGGGGCGGCUGCUGUCGGGGGGCGGCUUCAGGAUGAGGCUCCCGGGGAUGGAUCACCCGGCGCUGGGUGGCUUUUUCCCGCUGGGAUAACGGGAUCCCCCUGUUGGGGAAUCAGGGAUGCAUUAGGGCGUGCUGGCCGGUGAGCCCUGAGGGGCUAUGCGUGCUGUGCCCCCAGCUGCACUCACAGGGUUUCACAUAGUUACUGCGCUGCUUUCUGGGCUAAAAAAAGCUUUCUUGUUCCCCCCAAAAGCGCUAGCAAUCUGUCCCCAGCGUGAAGGGCAGGACCCCACCCUUUUUUUCCCCGCCUGUCCCGAGGGGUUUGAGCACAGCGACCCUUCUCCCGCUGGCAUGGGGACAGCGAGGCUGCUGCUGGCCCGUGGCGAGCGGGGUGCGCUGCGCUGCGCUCCGACGGCUCCUUCAGAUGCCCCCGCUUGUCCCGCAGCCCGAGCACGGCACGUUGCCCAGCAGAUCCCCCAGGAGAUCCUCGGGAACGCGGAGCUGCGGGAGGCGGUGGAGGCGCUGCCCCCCAACUACAACUUCGAGAUCCCCAAAACCAUCUGGCGCAUCCGGCAGGCUCAGGCCAGGAAGGUGGCCCUGCAGAUGCCAGAAGGGCUCCUCAUGUUCGCCUGCACCAUCGCUGACAUCAUUGAGCGAUUCACGGAUGCAGAGGCGGUGGUGAUGGGGGACGUGACCUACGGCGCCUGCUGCGUGGAUGACUACACGGCCCGGGCCCUGGGCGCUGACUUCCUGGUGCACUAUGGACACAGCUGCCUAAUUCCCAUCGACUCCACACAGGGGCUGAAGAUGCUCUAUGUGUUCGUGGACAUUAAGAUCGAUGCAUCCCAUUUUCUCGAGACCAUUCGCUUCAACUUCUCAGCGGGCACCUCCCUGGCCCUGGUCAGCACCAUCCAGUUCGUCUCCACGGUGCAGGCAGUGUCACAGGAGCUGCGCUCCCAGUACAAGGUGUGCGUGCCCCAGUGUAAGCCGCUGUCCCCAGGAGAGAUCCUGGGCUGCACGUCACCCCGGCUUGCUCAGAACACUGAUGCCAUUGUGUAUUUGGGUGACGGACGCUUCCACCUGGAGUCCAUCAUGAUUGCCAACCCAGGGAUACCUGCAUACAGGUACGAUCCCUACAGCAAAGUGUUCUCGCAGGAGCACUACAGCCACGAGCGCAUGCACCGCGCCCGGCAGGACGCCAUCCGCGCUGCCACCAGUGCCCGCUGCUGGGGACUCAUCCUGGGCACCCUGGGACGUCAGGGCUCCCCCAGCAUCCUACAGCACCUGGAGCUGCGUCUCCGCGCCCUGGGCCGGCCCUACGUGCGGGUGCUGCUGUCUGAGAUCUUCCCCAGCAAGUUAAAGCUCUUCCCAGAGGUGGAUGUGUGGGUGCAGGUAGCCUGUCCCCGGCUCUCCAUCGACUGGGGAGAAGCCUUCAGCAAGCCACUGCUGACACCCUAUGAGGCUGCCGUGGCUCUCCAGGACAUCGAGUGGCAGCAGCCUUAUCCCAUGGACUUCUACCCCAGCCAGUCCCUGGGGCCGUGGACGGUGAACCACGGUGGCACACAGCCCCCGCGCCGCGGGCGGCCGGCACAGGAGAAGCCACCCGCGCCCCCCGCCCCGCCCGAGAGGGGGGAGCAGCCAAGCAACGGGGACCCCGCAGCCUCGUGAGUGUCGCCCGCAGCGACCUGGCACGGGCAGCGGCGGGGGCACCGCUGAUCCCU